ACUUGAUUUUUCUAAUCUUCAUCUUUUUCUAAAAGUUUAGUUUACUAUUUUCUAAAAAUAAUUCAAACUUCUUUGUUGUUCUUAAAUUUUUUUGAACUUGUUGUUGAAGUUCAUAUUUUAAAUACAGAUUUUAUUUAACCCGAAAAUAACAUUAUGAACACAUUUAAUGGUGAGAAACCACCACCAUUCAAUUACAUCAAGAACAUGAUAUAUCCUGACUGGUUCUAGCCUUUUCCUUUUAAAGGUUGUGAUUGUGUUGGGGGAUAUUCUGAUUCCAAGAAGUGCUCAUAUGCAGUUAAAUAUGGAGGCAAGAUACCAUACAGUCGUAAUGGAGCUAUGGUUGAAGUGAAGUCUCUUGUAUAUGAAUGUGGUCCUCAUUAUCAAGGGGAUGGGGUGUGAGAGCUUUAACAUCUAUUCCUUCAGGAACAUUUAUAUGUGAGUAUGUAGGAGAACUUCUGGAAGACAAGAAAGCUAAACAAAGAAUUGAUAAUAUCCCUACUUUGGGGGAGGUCAGUUACCAUCACAAUUAUUCCAUGAAUCAGGUACCUGACUCCAAUGGAAAUAUCAAGGUGAAGAAAUGCAUUUAUGGAUCUUCAGAGUGUUGUGGUAGGAUGUACUAGGGGUUAGUAAAAUUUUCUUUCAAGCUAAGCUGAAAAAUAGCUCAUAUUUGAUGCAAAAAUUCUCACUACAAUUAUUUAGUCCUCCUAACCUUUUAACUCUGCAUUUGAACGAAAUGAUAUAUAUGUGUUGCUCAUAAUGUAUGCUAUUAGUGUUUGUACCUAUCUCUUCUUCUCCGUUUGCAAAGACAAUUUGCUACAUUAUGGGUAAUAUGCAUACUUAUUUUGGGUGGAAAGAGCAGAAGAUAUGAUUUUGUUGGUUAACAUAAGAUCUUCUAGUUGUUGGUUACAAGAGUUUUGUAAUCAGUCGUUGUUGAGGCUCAGAGUUAUUUAGUGAAGUUGGGGUUAAAUCCUGUAGAGGUACAGGUCGUGUUUUUUUACACCUUUUUGAGCCGGGUGUUUUCCACAUAAAAAUUAUUGUGUUCUUUACUUCCUGUUUUACUGCUUCCUUGGAAUACGUCAGGCAACCCAUUCCAUCCAUAGGCAACUCUUACGUUAAAGUCACUGAUCAGUAGGGCACGUACUCUAACAAGUGUUAUCAGAACAAGGUUGUCUUAAAAAGGGUUAACACCUAAGACAAAGAUCACUAUGAUGAAUUUCGCACCACCUACUGGUCACAGUGAAGGUCAAUCCACUAUUAGACCUCCACUCUUUAACGGUUCUCACUUUAUUUGGUGGAAAGCUAGGAUGGAAACGUUUCUUCAAAAUGUAGAUUAUGAAUUAUGGAACAGAAUUACUGAUGGACCAAUAAUUCCCAUGAAGAUAGUGGAUGGAGAACAAGUGAAAAAGACAAGGAGUGAAUUUACCCCGGAAGAUCUAGUUGCCCUUAAAAAGAAUGCAAAAGCCAAAAAUAUUCUUGUUUGUGGUCUUAGUCUAACUGAGUACAAUAGAGUGUCUAAUUGUAAUACUGCUAAACAAAUCUGGGAUGCAUUGGUGAAUGCACAUGAAGGUACUAGCCAAGUGAGAAAAUUCAAAAUUGCAUUACUUUUUACUGAAUAUGAGGCUUUCGAAAUGGGAAAAAAUGAGUCACUACAAGAAAUGAUAACUAGGUUAACUUUGUUAGUAAAUGAGUUAUCAUCUCUAGGAAAGGUUUUAUCUACUGAGGAACAGGAAAAGAAGGUCUUGAGAGUCCGACCAAAGUCUAAGUGGAAUGUCAAAGUUACAGCCAUAAGAGAAGCUAAGGAUCUCAUUAGAAUGUCUCUUGAUGAGUUAGUUGGUAAUUUGAAGACCUAUGAGAUGGACAUGGAAGAUCUAAAUAGGUCAUUUGAAAGUGAUGAAUCAGAUGAUGAAACUGCUCUCAUGGCCAUUGGAGAUUCAGACAUGGAAUAAGAUGAUGGAAACUCUGAGGUAAGUAUUCUUGAACUCAGAGAGAAUUUGCAUUUAUUUUCUAAAAUAAAACUUAUUUCCUUAAUGGGUGCUCUAAUUGAUAAUUUCCAAGAAUUAACUUCUGAUAGGGAUGAGUUAUUCAACAAUUUUGCAAGUCUCAAGUUUGAUUUUAUUGAUCUAGAAACUUGUUAAAAAAAUGUUGAAAAGGAAAACUUCACUCUUAAGGAACAGGUUAGCAGAUUUGAUUCAUCAAACCUGACCCUUAAAUUUGAAGUUCUAAAACUAAGUUCUAAAAUUGUCUCUUUUUGAAAAAGAAAAAAAGGUCAAGAGUGAGGAACAAGA